UCCUUUAAAGUGUUUGAUUACAUUUUAACAUUUGUGUAUAAAUAAUUUGUAGAAUUGUACCAUGGAUAUUGUGACUGAAGGUGGUAGAAAUAAAUGUACAGUAUAUACAUGUAUAUAGGAUAGUACAAGUAGUGAAAUUAGCUGAACAUGAAGCAGAUAAGGAAGUUGUUUGUGCAAAUGUUUUGUAAAAAUGGAGGGGUUCCAGUAAAGGUCCUGAUUUCUGAGAAAGUUAUUUUUAGCUCUAACAGCAAUUGUAAAAGUUGUUUUUAUGUUUAGGCCACUUUUUAUUCAACUGACACCUUGGUAUUAGGGUGGCUUACAGUGUUAAGAACACAAGAGUAGCGUGAUUGGAAAAUGUUUUUCACCGCAGAAGUGUUUUGGAAUUUUAAGUUGCAGUCUGUCGCUGCAGUUGCGGCACGAUGGAGAACGGGGGCGGGAGAUGCGCAGUGGCUCUAGAGGAUUCGGAGGAGUUCCAGCUCCUCGUGAACUACGCGUCAAGGAGGAACAUUGUCAGAGCACCUGCCAGCAAGUCUAUCAUGUUCAUUAAAGAUAAGGAGGAGGAGAAGAAAAAGAAGAAGAAGAAGGGUAAGCUGAAGAAGAUAUUCACUUGCGUUCUUUCACAGACUGACACAUCAGACCAGCCUGAUGGGAAGAGUGGCAGGUUGGAGAGUAGGUGCAGGAAGGAUGUGGUGGAUACACUGAUGAGGAUUGUGGACUCUAUGCAUAUUGCCCCUUCAGACAUUGAGUGUGAUGGUGAAGAUGAUGUUAUCCAGACAAUCGUGGAACUGCUAAAAGAAUCUGGUGACCGCCUCAACGAGAAAAUGAAGAAUGACAAGACUCUAUUUCAGAAACUCCAGAACUUUAACUAUGCAGUCUUUGCAGAAGUGACCAAGCUAUUUGUCGAGAGCGCAAAACCCUCUAGAACUUCAGACUCAGAAAAACUUGAAUGUGCCGAGAUUGCCUUGACCUUCGAGGUCACUCGCAGACUGACAGCCAUGCAAAACCACCCCAUGAACUUACUGAUGGGCUUUGGUGCCAGGUACCUGAAGGAGCAUUUUUCCACCUGGGCACAGCAGCAUGGUGGAUGGGAGAAAGCCUUUGACAUUGAGGACAAUGAUGAAGUCCAAUGAAGAUUUUAUUUUUCUUCCCUCAAAUGUAGUUCCUUUUUGCUGUAACUUCACACUUGUGAUGCAGCUUAAUGGACCUGUACUGUUGAUUCUGUCAAGGGUUUCAUUUGUAUUGAUUCCCACCACUUUCGCAUCAAUGAAUUUGCAAUGAAAAGUUCAAUGCUCAAUUUGCUCCACAGUUGAGGAAUAAUGAAAACAAGUUACAGUUUUGUGUUGUAAUGAAUCCUUUUAGUUUUGACAGUCAUGUGGCAGGAAUUGAACAAGAGUUCACAUUUCUAAAACUUUUUUAAAGGGUAAACUGUGCAAUGUUGAUAGCUUUCAGUACAGAUUUUUCUCAACUGCCUGGCUUUGCUUUUAGUUCUAGUAACAGUAGUGUCGAAAUACUUUAGAUACUCUGUGUGAAUGACCAGUGUUUUCUAAAAUUCAUAAAUGGCUACAACAAAAAAUUCUACAAAAAUGUUAACUUUAAUGACUAAGUCAAUGUUAUAAUGGGUUUGAAAGCAAUAUUUGGAGCAUUCAGUGCAGCAGUUUUUUUUAACCUCUUAGUGAAAGGAUGCCAUCUUGAUUCCUAAUUGGUAAAGUAAGAGCAACGUUAUCAAGAGUAUUAGCAUGUUGAUUCAGUGUUGUCUGCUACAGUAAGCAGAAAAUGAGUAAAAAUAUCUGCUUAAAGCUGUACUAAAAUAGCAUCAUCUGGUUUGGCUAUCAAACUAGAUGUUCUUACUGUAGGUUCUGACACCUGUCUGCGUGGGCUGAACCUGGUCAAGCAUCAUGCUCGAGCAGCCAUAUUUUACUUUGUGGCUUGUAGAAUUAGCAGUAGUCCAUUCUGCAAAAUUGUUAGAGGAUGCAUCUGAAGUUGUCAUAGGAAAUGAGUGUCAUGUCUGUACUGAGAACAGACUUCAAGUGAAGCGAUCCAGUCAGGUUGCUAGCAUUUGUGCAGUCAUAUUUUCCGUUACCCUGUGUUUGCACUUUGUGGGUGGGUGUAUCUAAAGUUAUUCCAGUUUCUAAUCUGCAUGUUGCACAAUAGUUGUAACAUGUCAAACCAAAUGAUGAAAUUAAGUAUCUCAGUGUAAUUUUGAAAACAAGAAAUGGGUGCUUUGGACCCAUAGCAGUGGUUUCUACCUCCAUGAUGUGCCACUGUUUACUUGAUUUAAUCUCUACAAUUGUACUGUAACAUCUUAAUUUGUAGGAACUUGAAAUUUUACAUUAUGCAACAUUUUCUUAAUCUGUUAUACUGUAUCAUUAGUAUGUCUUUACAGUAGCCUUUAUCUUUCUGUAUGCGAUGGGUUUCAGUGUGUCUCGUUGGGGCAGUCAGUCAGGCCCAAUGGUUUGUAAGCCCUUGUUUUGGCUGCCUACCGUUUUCUAGCUCUAAAGUACUAAGAGCUGCAUCAUUUAGGGGUUUUGCUAAAUUCUUCCACCUAAGCUACAACCCACUUCAGUCCUGUGCUUAACACUUGAAGCUUGUACAGCAGAUUGUUACAGUGCAGGUGUGAACCACUGAGCUCACAGUUGACUACUGUGAUCAACAAACAUUAAGGACCCAUAACUGAUGUGUGGAAACCAAAUUUUGAUAAUUGGCAACACUUAAAACUGGGUUGAAAAGUGUGGGAUUAAAAAAUUGAAAGCUUGUCACCUAGGAGAGUGGUUUAAAUUAAAUGUUUUGAAAGGAAAAUGACUUUUGCUUUCUGAAUUGCUUGAAAUGUUUUAUUUCAAAUAUGAUGUAUGUGCUAUGUACAAAU